AUGAGGCGCGACGACUCGCCCAAGCUGCAGGUUUGCGAGCUUGCCUGUCCCUCGCAAAGCAAAACAAGCAGGACGGAACCCAACAUGGCAACUUUGCAGUUCAAGAUGCCACCGAAAACUCAUCACCGCCACCUCUCACCUGGUCGUCGGCACACCAGACCGCAGUCUUACCUUUCGAUGGAAGCAAUGCCCGUCGUACGUCAAAGUACAACGACGUCCUCACCUCUGGGCCAAUCCCACGAUGUCGUUCCAGACAACAACAAGAAGACUGCAGAUCUUCCAGCGGGUACGAUAGUAGCAAUCGUCUUCUCAGGCCUGAUCCUAAUCUUCAUCCUCACAGGUGCCUACGCGUGGGCGUCGCCCCGCUACAAGUCAAGGCGCGACCGGCGGAGCAUGCUGGAGGAGCGAGGCCAUUACGACGACGACAUCGAGAUGCAGGCGCACAGCCAUACGCGAGAACCACUGUUAGAGCAAGAGAGCGAGCAAGCAAACCAAAACCGGCAGCAUCACCGGCACUCGUACGUCCAUCACGAGGAUGGAGUGGGGAUGGGAUACGACGACGAGGAGGACGGGAAGGAGGCAAGGAUAGAGGUGGGCACGGCACGGGUGGCCCACAUCAGGCGCGUCCCGGCCGGGUCGGUGUCGAUCACCAACAUCGGACGGAGCAAGGGCGCGGUGUCACUGGGCUCGUCGAAGUCGGUGCGCGACGUCGUGUCGCUGCCGGACUUGGCCUGGGCGGAAACUCUGACGACGGGAGGUGGGCGGAGGCCGGGGAUUGCUCCUCCUCCUCUUCCUCGUCCUCUGCCUCCUCCUACUGCUACUGCUGCUACUACAGCUAUCCCCCUUUCUGCUACUACUCCUAAUCUUCCGACUUCAGUCAAAAAGAGGCAGCCGUCCGGGAAGCUGCAGGAGAGAAGCGAGUCGCGCAGGGCGGUCAAGAAGAAGGCCAUCAUGGAGUGGUGUGCACGGGGUGGUGGUUUUGGGCCGUAUUCUGCGGCCUACUGA